AUGCAUCGGUUAGCCCCGGUGACGACGACGCCGCCGUCGAACCCAUCGGGGGACGACAGCUCGAGCAAGAUUCCUUCGCCGAACAUCGAGUUUCUGUCCGACGACGGCAAGAAGUCCAUCAGAUGCUCGAUGCCCCAGAAAACGGUGGAGAUGCUCAAGCUGAUGCAGAAGCGGAUCCGCGAGUCGAAGCCGACGACGCCCCACGACAAGGUCAUCUUCUUCGAUGAGCUCAUGGAGAUGUGUCUCCGCGCCAGGGAACAGAUGCUCAUCGACCCGCCUCUCGUCGAGUUGGUCGUGUUUUUUUCAAAGAUCUUUCAUGGGCUUUAGCAAGGUUUUCAAUGGGAGGACAAGCAAAAAAAAAGUUCUAUCUAUUUUUUCAAUUUUUCUAAAGAAAAAAAAAACACAGCAGAAUCUGAGCUUAUAAAAUAUUUUUUUUGCGUCUUUUCUCAUGAAACCUCUGCAAACUCCGAAAGAUCUUUGCAAUUCGGUCGAAUUUGAAGAGAAAAUGUCUAAUUUCUCUCUUUUGAAGAAUCGAAGCUCCAGUUUUCAUUCUUGGUGACCUUCAUGGUCAGCUACAUGAUCUGCUUGCCAUGCUGGAGGUUCGUAGAAAGUGCAAUGGAUGGUAAAAAGUCUGAAGAACCAGGCGAAAGUACGCUCUAAAGAUAAUUCAAGUGUUUUAAAUCAGAGUUUUUGAUUUUUUUCAAUUGAAUUUUUUUAGUAGAUAUCUCUUUAUAGAAAUAUGGAGAUUCCAUAGAACGCGAAUGAAGUUUUUCGAUUUCAAGAAAAGUUUUAAAAAAGAAGUAAAAAAUAAAAAACCGAACCUUUUUUCAUCCAUGGAGUACACAUUCAUCGAUGCUCAAGACCGUUUUUCAUUUUUCUUUUUUUUUCCAACGUUUUCAAAACAUACUCAUUCAACUUCUCCAAAAAGCUUUAGAAGACUGGUCGACCCCCCGACAAAAAGUUUUUAUUCCUCGGAGAUUACGUCGACCGCGGGGCACAUAGUAUCGAGACGAUUUCGCUUUUGUUGUGCUUUAAGGUUUUUUUUGUCAUCGAGAUAACGAAAUAUUGUUGCUUCAAGUUGCUCUACCCGAAUAGGAUGUACCUGUUACGGGGCAAUCACGAGACGCGGAUCGUCAAUAGAAAUUAUGGUUUCUAUGACGAGUGUCUGCGGAAGUUCAACCCUCAACAAGGUGCCUGGAAGUAACUUCUUUCAUGGACUUUCAUGGACUUUCAUGGAUUUCAUGGAUUUUAGUCUUGAAAUUGAUAGGCGUGCAUCUGUGGAGCAUGUACCAGCACGUCUUCAACUGCUUGCCAUUCGCCGCCAGAAUCAAUAAACGAGUUUUCUGUGUCCAUGGCGGCAUUUCGGAGGAGCUGUACACAUUUCGGCAGUUUUCGAGGUUGAUUUUUGACUAGAACCCGACUUGAUACAGUCUGGACUGUCAUAUUUCACAUCGUCGAGGUCAUAGAAGAUGAAAAUGAAGCACAGGAAUCAGAUUUUUCAAUUUUACGCUGUCGAAGAAUAACUUUCCUUCAAGAAUCGUCCGGCCUACUGACGUCUGCGAUAUCGGAAUGCUUUGCGAUUUGAUUUGGGCGGACCCAUCGCCGACGACGGCGCGAUACGCUCCAAGCCCUCGCGGAAUCUCGCAGGUUGCUUGGUUUUUCGCUCCUGCAUAUGCUGAAAAAUAACAGAAAAAGUCCGAAAAUUUCUCGUUUGAUCUGUGGAAGAACAUCUUCAAAAUAAUUGACCAAUUGAGCAAAGUUCAAAGGAAAGAUCUUUUUAAGGGAUCUAGAAAAUCGUCUCUGAUUAUACAUUUCUCACGGCGUGUUUUUGAGUGGUAUUUUAAAGACCUUCCAGGUUCCUCUUCGAAAAAGAUCGGAAUUUUUCGAAAAAUUUUGACUCACUGAAAAACAUCUCUGAUUGGCCGACCACCAUUUUAGCAUAUCAGAGGCUGGUCGAGCCAUUCAGAAACUUAGUUGCUUCUAGCGGCCCAUUUUACCUUGUUUUCUCUAGAUUUUCGGAAAAACUGCGGUUCAAGAGUUCUGCAAAGCGUUGUGCAUAGACGUCGUUUGUCGGGCUCACCAAUGCGUCAUGGAAGGGUGCCUCCAUCAAAGUGAUCACUUGAGUGUGAAUACCUUCAGAUAUGAGAUGUUUGCCGACAAACGCUGUAUCACCGUCUUCUCUGCUCCGUGUUACUGUGGAGAGAUUAACAAUUCUGCAGCGAUUCUGUAUAUAAAUAGGUGGUCAUUUAGAUUGUAUUUUCAUUUUGACUUGUAAUGUUUCAGUCGUAUGGAGAUUCGAAUACUGAAACACACGAAGAAAAUGAAAGGAAAGGAACCGGAGAAGAACCCGUCGCCGAACCCCAAAUGAUUCAGUCGUGUUCUUUUUGUUUGGAAUGAAGUUUUUUGACAAAGCUUUUUUGGGUUUGGAAGGGAUGCGAAGUGGGAAGAAGCUGUGGAAAAAGUGAAGUAAUAAAUAAAAAGAAAAUAAUUUUUUUGAGGAAGUUAGUUUCCGGGUUGGUGAGAAGGAAGGAUUAUAGAAGAAGGGAACAAUGUCAGAAAGCGAAAGUGAAUGCAGAAAGUUGUCUAGAAAACUAAACUUCUUUUUGAAGGUUUUUCCAUAAAGUUUUUUUCAUUUCAGAGACGGUUGGAGAGCUGGAAUAGCUUUGCUCCAACGGUUGAUAGCUGAUGAAAAGCCCAAAUCUCUUACUUCUUGCUCGUUUUUGAUCCUUCAAGAGGCGCAUGAAAAGAAGGAAACUAGAGAAGGUAUAAUUAUCUUUUUCACACUUUAUAAAAAAAUUUAUUGAAAGAAAACUAUUUCAGCCGAAAAUUCGCUCAAACCGUUUGUUAAGAUGUCGACUCUUGUCAAUAUCGGCCGUUUUGUACUCUUAGAGGCGGGCCAAGGGUUGGCAGUUGCUGAUGAACUCAAGGUCACGAAAUUUUCGAACUUGCAAUUUUCUAACUAUAUUAUCAUGAUCAAUAAACAGGUUAAACGACUCGAAAAAAACUUGCGUUAUUUGAACUCGAAAUUCAGAAUGUUUCGUUCAAGAAUUCAUUUGUAGGCCCUUUAUAAACUCAAUUAAAAUAUAUUUUCGAGAUUUCAGAGAUCAGAUUCGACCCUGACUAAUGAAGAUGUUCGAUUUCUUGUCGAAAUGAGCGGGAGAUUCAAAAGAGUUGAGAAGAAAAUGAAAAGUCCCUAUUUCAAGUUUCAAAUUGUUUACAGUCGGAGCCUCUUCAACGCCUGCUGGACAUUGCAAAGUUCACGGAUUUAUCUCAGAAAAAUAUAGUUUCAAUUCUAGAUCAGCUUGUUAAAGUUUAUGGUGGGUUUUGUUUUGGAUUAAUCAAAUUUCGAAAGUUUUGAAUUGAGUUUUUUUCAGCUUGAAAAAAGUUCGAUUAUAUUAAGUCAACUUUUGAAAUUUGAAGGUUUUUCUUCUAGAAAAAAUAUUUUUUCACAUCCACCCUUGAGAAAAUCUGAAUUUUUCCACGAUUUUCAGGUAAAAAAUCGGACGUCGAAGGUCUCGAAAGGUGUAUUGAUAUCGUUGUCAGAGCGUCUUUGAUGGAAUUCGACCAAAAAACACUACUUUCGAAAAUUCGCCACUUUUAUAAAUGCAUCAAUGUUAAGGCCCCCGAAAAAUUGUACAGACUUAUUGGAAGCUGA